UACGCUGCACUUGUGUCACAAACAGUGAAAGGCUUCUUCAGACACUUGUUGCUGCCCCGUGUCUCUAAUGGCGAUAGUGAUAUACGUUCGAGCGAAAGAAAACCAUUAAAACCUAUUAAGAAUUUGUCAUCGUCAACAGACAAUAUCCACGACGAAGAAUCAAUUUUGACAAAGCCCAUGGAUUUUUAUAGACGUCAUAUGCUAAUAUGUAUAUUUGCAUGAUGUAAAAUGACAUGUUAGCGAGACAGCCUUGAGGUGAAAUGUUUCGUAGUUUACCAGAUAGAGUGGCAGGGCUGUAUUAUGCCCAUGGCCUGUUCUGCUCGUCUCAUCCUAUUGCAAUUAUUUCAUUGGCAAUCUCGAUCGUAUUGCUAUGUUGCUAUCCCUUAGUCAAUUUACCAAUGCCUGGCAAUGCACCAAGGACAAUAAUCAACCAUACUAUUGUACCUGAGAAUAAUACAGAGAACUCUGUGUUUUAUGUGCAACAAGUGGUGCUAAGGGUUGGAGUUAUACCAUGGACAGAGGAACUGACAUUAAUGGAUGCUUUCAGGGGUCCAUUAUAUGAAGUUUUUAACCUUUUAGAAAUCAUACAGAAUUAUCAGCAUCCAGAAACAUUAAAAACACUUGAUCAAGUUUGUCUACACAUUGAAGCAGUUAAAAAGAGAAGUGGCAAAAAGUCAGAAGUUUUGCCCGAGUACAAUUGUUUGGUUCUAUCACCUGCCAAUCUGUGGCAACGAAGUAUUGAACUAUAUGCACAAGAUACGAAUCUUAUAAGCACCAUAUAUUCAUAUCAGAAUCUACAAAAGGGGAAAAUUAGUUUAGCUGAAAUAAUGUUCGGGAUGAAUUUAAAAGAAACUGGAAUUAAAAGAUAUCCAAUUCGACUUAGACAAAGGAUUUUACAAUAUGCAGUAACUAUUUAUUUAAAGGACUAUGAUCCUGAAUUUUUAAAGGGAUUACAACAUAGAUUAAAAAGCUAUUAUCACCUUCAUCAGAUAGAAAAUAAUGCUACUUACAUUCCUAUGGAUGAAACAUUACAUAUUCUUUAUCCUGGUGAAUUUAACUACAGUGACUUUUUCCCGUUGAUGAUGACAUUCUUGGCUUUGUUCUUCUAUGUCUAUUUCUCUGUGCGAAAAAUAGAAUUGGUGAAAUCGAAAAUUGGAAUAGCUUUUAGUGCAACAAUAACAGUGAUAAGUUCACUGUCCAUGACUGUGGGUGUUUGCUUUUUUUUUGGCUUAACCUUAAGUUUAAGUAGAAAAGAAGUGUUCCCAUAUUUGGUGAUUAUCGUAGGACUGGAGAAUGUGUUAGUAUUAACUAAAAGUGUAGUGAGUACUCCACCGCAUUUGGAUGCGAAAAUACGUGUUGCUCAAGCUCUGUCCAAAGAGGGUUGGUCCAUCACCAAAAAUCUCCUCACAGAAGUAACGAUCUUGACAAUUGGAUUGUUUACUUUUGUGCCAGCUAUACAAGAGUUUUGCAUAUUUGCUAUUGUGGGAUUAGUCAAUGACUUCUUCCUUCAAAUGAUGCUUUUUUCAACAAUACUUGCCAUCGAUAUUAAACGAACCGAGCUGUCUAACGAAACGUCGAAGUUUCACUUAACAAACAUACCAACUACGCGUAAACAGCAAUUUACGACAACAAUAACGAAUAGGAAACCGAAUAUCUUCCGAUCAAAAUCUCAUCCGAGAUUAAAUGGCUUGUCUAACGGUCCGACGAAUGUCAUAGCUUCUAAUACACAAAACACUCAUACAUUUGGUAAAAUUCCGAAACGUUUACGCCUGGUGCAUUUCUGGGCAAGAACUCGAAUAUUUCAACGUGCCUUUAUGGUAUGGAUGGUUGUCUGGAUUAGCAUGAUCGUUUACAAUUCCGGUAUUGUUGAACAUGUUAUACACCUGAGUGAAAGAUUAAAGCCAGAAUCAGACAUGGAUGGAUACACAGUAGACAGAUCUCAGUCCUCAAGUAAUUAUAUCGAAUUAAACACUAUGAAACCAAUAUCAAUUGCUUCAGCGACCAUUGCUCCGAAUCAUUUGAAUAAACAGGAUGAUCUAACAAACAAUAUUACUGAUGAAUUAAAUAAAUUAAGACCAGUAGAGUUCCCACCUUGGAAUCGUUUAUCACUUUAUCAUUGGUCUUCGAUUCUUUCAAUGUACAACAUCUCUGCCGCCGGUGGGCGUAUAGUUAUAUUACCUACUAUGAAACUAUCUCAUGCUGUAAAUCCACAGUUAGCAAAACAAAUUAGUAAUCCAAAUGAUGUGCAACAUUUUCAAUGGAAAAGUUUCGCGACUGUUGCCUUUGACCCGUUAGAUUUCUCAGAUAUGGAAGUACCAACCAGAUCAGAAAGUCGAGGAUUUAACGCAGAUGCUCCUUUCAUUCCCUCGAGUCCAAUGGAAAUAUUUUUAGCGGCAGUCUUGUGUCUCAUUAGUGUCAUUGUUGUUGCUUAUACAAUGGUUGUGCUCUAUAGAUGUGUUUGUUCGAGAAAUUAUGCCGAAUGGCGGGCAAGCUGGUAUCAGGCAGAGAAAGCACAUGAUUCAGCAACGCAAUUGGUUUUACAAGCAUUACCCUUGGUUCUUGAAGGCCAUACUCAAGAAAUAGAGUGCAUUGCUACAGAUGGCAAUACUAUAGCCAGCACCUGUUUAGCUGGACACAUUAAAGUGUGGGAUGCAACGUCGGGUGAGCAGCUAGUUCAUGUAGAUAGAAAACAGUUUUUCAGUAGCCCUCAUAAAAACUUGAAUCAUACAACGCCUGAUAUGGAUGAGUUAAUGUCAGAUUAUGAAAGUGGUUCUCCACCCUCGAGAGGGGAAAUGGAGAAUACUAAUUCAUUCGGAUUAUACUCGACUGCGUCAGCUAUCCAUUGCAGAAAAUCCUCUUCUGGAUCAUAUAAUAUGCACAGGGGACAGAAUAAUAACAGUAAAAAAUAUUCAAUGGGAAAAACGUUGGAAUACGAUUAUCAGAUUAAUGAAGUCAACUCAGAAAGGAAGAAAAAUUAUCGUACCUUGGACAAUGCUUACGAUCUCCCGGACUUAAAAUCAACGAUAAAUACUAAGUUUUCAUGCAUGAAACAACUCCAACUACAGCAAAAUUGCGAGCAAGGAUUCGACUUUGGCAGUCAAUAUAAACAACUUUUGGAGGAACAUAAUAGGUCUAUAGAUAAAUUACAAAAUUCAGAGAAUUUAGAACAAUUGUGUGUUCCGAGUGCAAAAUUAAAUUCGUCCAGCAUAGUGGACAAUCUUACCGUGAAUCCAGACAAAAUUGUGCAAUUUUCACAUGUGGUAUCUCCUAUUUGGUGUAUGGAUUAUCAGGAGAAUCUUAUAGUCGUGGGAUGUGCAAACGGAAGUUUAGAAUUUUGGGAAGGCACUACGGGUAAAUUUAAGUGUUUAUUUGAUGAUGGAUCGCGGCUUGGAAUAUCCGCUGUAAAAUUCAUCGGCAGUAGAAUGGUAGCAGCUAAAUUAAAUGGUUCUAUUGACUUUUUACAAUUAGAAAGUUAUAGCGAAGGUCAACAAAUUGAUUGGGGAUUUACCUCUUAUAGAAGAACUCAUGUUAGGACAGGAAGUGCUGGCUCACCUAUGGAUAUAAAUAACAUCAUGCAAACUGAAGAAGACCUUCGCUGUAUAAAAAUUAGUUCUCAUAAAGCACACCAGCAAGCAAUAACUGUGCUUGACAGCGAGGGUGGUCGCGUUUUAACUGGCAGUCAAGACCACACUCUUAAAGUAUAUAGACUGGAAGACCAAUUGCCAUUAUAUACCCUCCAUGGUCAUUGUGGCCCUAUAUCCUGUCUGUUCAUUGACAGAAUGAGCCCUAUGACAUCUGGCAGUGGAUCUCAAGAUGGGCUCUUGUGCGUGUGGGAUCUCUUAACUGGAACGUGUAUGUAUAGUAUACAUGCUCACGAUGGCACUGUAGCCGCUAUCACAUGCUCUGUGUCGUACGUGAUAAGUAUCGGCACUGAUGAAAGGUUAUGUGUAUGGGAACGAUUUCAGGGACAUUUACUACACGCUCUUCCAGCGCACAGAUCAGCAUAUAGUCUACAAUUAGUCAUGUUAACGCAUCAUUUACUCAUAACCAGCAGUCAGGGAUCAUUAGUAGUUUGGGACGUAAGGACGGGAGAGCCUGUACGCGAAGUGAGACUGGGUCACACGGAUAGUUGUAUUUUCGUAAAGCAAAUGUUAGCAUUAAAAGAUAGCGUAGUAUGCGACUUUGGCCGUCAAUUACGGGUGGUCAGGUUCCCGUUGGUUUCUGAUAAAUUAGAUUAAAAUCUGUAUAUGCACCAUUGUAUAUAGCUUUAUUUCGUUUCUUAUUUAAUUUUAAUAUUUGAAUGAAGUCCUAUGCAGACAUAGAUUUUUACACAGUAUAGAUUUUACAUUUUGAAAACUAAACGCAUACUUUUAAUAUGAAUUUUUUACAUCCGACUAUGUCAUGGCGCCUUAACAUUUGUACUCUAUCGUGACAGUUGAAGAGAAACGUAUAUAAGUAUAGUUAUCUCUUUUCGAUAAACUGCUAUGAGAAAUUUUCGAUUCUCUCUGCGUAGGUUUGAAUAAAGUAGCUAACAAGCAAUGAUAAACGAUAGAGAAAUAAUAUUUUUAGAUAACUAGAUAGAGAAUCGAAUAACUUUUGAUAUCUCCAUUCAUUGCCUAAGGAAAAAAGAAAAAAAAAGUGGCUGUGUUGUAUUUCGAGGCAUCCAUUUUAAUUCAUAAUGCGAUUUAGAAUCAUAUUCAUAAACGUCGUUUGUUAUUUCCCUUUCUAUUUAAAGAUACUUCAGAACAGAUAUGUAUGCAGAAGUUGCAUUUGUUGAAUCGGAGUUGUUAAACACAGAUACUUGCUGGGAUUUCACUUCUGUGUUAUACAUAAGCAAUUACUGCUAGACUGCAGAUUUUUAUGGGAAACUCGAAUGUGCAAUAAUGCAUAGAAUAUGCCGCUAUAGCAUUUCCAUGAAUUAUUGACUACAUGCAUAAAAAUAUGAAUUUACAUAAAUAUUUGCAAUCUGGCAAUAAUGAUAUUAGUUAAUAAGCAGUACAUUCAUCAGUUGAAUAAAGAGAGACUUUCAAGAAUAUCAGUGUACUGCAUAUUAAAUGUUUAACAUACAGUGAGAUUUCAUUUUUUUCUCUAUGCAACUUUGUUACAUGCAUCAUGGUCUAAGAGUGCCUUUAUUCACUUCUUAUUUAGUGUAACUAAAUAGAAACGUAUUUUAACAAAGGACUGUGGAAAUUAAUGAAACAGAUCUCAGUCUUCUGGCACGUGUCCUCUUAAUGUAACAUCAGUGAGAGAUUGCAAAAACCAGUUAUCUAGAUUUAUAUACUAAAUGUUGAUUUAUUUCGAGCGUUAACAGAAAAGUACAGUCGAACCUCCAUAAUUUAAUUCUCAUUGGAAGAAAAUUGUGGAUAUUAUACCUUAUUGAACUUUUCUUGUGAGAGAGGGAGAAAGACAAAUUCAAAAAACUAUUAUUAAGAUAUAGUAAGGCAAUGAAUUCGACUUAUAGAAAAUAACGCAAGUAACUCGAAAUUAUGUAAGUUUAUAUUACAGUUUUCGAAUUACAGAGGUCCGACUGUAAUUUAAUUUCGCCUGCCAAGAGUUCCUCGUCAUUGUUGAAUUUAAUUCUUGAAACCGGAACUCUUUGGCUGGAACAGUUGAAUGUUUAACAUCUUGUACAUUAAAAAUCCUGUUUAGUUUUACCGGUCUAUUUUUGUAAGCAGAGUCGUUACUUCCUAACAAACAGAAAUGGGUCCUAUUUUACAUAAUAUGGAUGUAUAUAUUAUCGUAGAAGAUUUAACUGAGUGAAGAUUAGUGUAAAUCAACUCUGCGUUUCGCUAUUCAUUAAGGUUCGACGAGAAGGAUACGUUAUAUUUUGGGACACAUUUCAGUAGGAUACAUUCGUACAAUGACACAUAGAGUGUUGCCAAUGUUUUAUUCUUCUAAGAAGAAGUACCGUACAAAGACGUUUGAAUCAUGUCUACGUGUGAAGCUAAUGUAAUAAAUUAUUGUUGAAAAGAAUGUUUAUUGUUGCACGAAGAGUUUCUGACUAUUAACUGGACAUACCUUUGAAAAAAAAUUUCUGAAUUUCACCUCAAUCUAUUAAGACAAACUAUUUCAAUGUAAAUAACGUGAUAUACCACAGAUUGUGGAUUUUUAGAUUUUAGAUUUGUUGUAUCGAGUGCUUGUUAUAACAAGUAACAUAAUUUUGAUAUUUUGUAUAUUUGUAUUAUUUUAAAAUUAAUUCUAAAUUAUUCCUUAUAGCUUCUAAUUAAUUCUAAUUAAAAUAUUAACUUUAAAUUUCGCAUAAAAAUCCAGUAGGUCUAGUCAACUAUAGUGGGACUUCUAUUUCCAUAAUAAAAUCCUCUACAGUUUAUAAGAGGAAUUAUAUUUUUAAAAUGACUUCGAAAUUCUUGUUCAGGUAUUUCCAGUUAAUCAAUUAGGAGAUUCUUCGUUUGAUUUCGAAAUUUUGGCGUGUUUGUUACGAGAUGAAAAAUGGUAAUAUAUAUGUCUUUAGACUGAAUUGUAUGACGAUUCGUACCGAUAAGUUUCAUUUAAUUUCCAGUAAUCUGUUCAAGGUAACUAGUGUUCGGUUAUCGAGCAAUUAAACGACAGAGAUAUAUAUAUUUUUCUUAACCAAAGUUAUAAAUCAUAUCAUAGAGAUCAUGACACGUUCGUAUUCAUAGAAGUUGUUAAGAAAUCGAAGAAAAAAAUGCGAAGAUAAAAUGACAAAAAAAAAAAAAGAAGAAGAAAAAGAUAUGUAAAGUGCUUUUAAUGACGCAAGUUGGCUGGCUAACGUUUCAUUUAGAAGCUCGCGUGAUUUUGAUAUUUAUUAUUUAAUUAAUUUAACAAAUGCAAAUGUGUCGUACACCAGAUAUAUCAUUCUUAAUAAAUUCUCACAUUUAUUAGA